UCUCAUAAGUGGAUCACAGAAAUCUUAGAGAAGAGAUCUAAGAAGUGUUUAUAAACUUGUUUUGGGUCAUACAUGGAUACCAAACUUGUUCUUGUGUUAGCUUUUUUGAGUGUACAUGUAGUCUCAUCGCCAUUUGGGUUAGUACAUGGGUCCACAACCAUGUCACCAUGUAGCCAAGCCCCCUACCCUGAACUAUGCAAUUCUCUAAUUGGCACCAAACCUCUAGGAACCCCAGAUGAAACCCAGUUUGAUUUGCGUAAAUCUGCCAUUAGAGUCACUCUAAACCAAGCUCAACAAGCCUACAGUCUCGUCUCGUCCAUGGACGUGAGCUCAUUUGACAAGCGAGCGAAGUUGGCUUGGGCUGAUUGUUUGGAGCUCUAUGAUGACACGGUUUACCAGCUUAACCGUUCCAUCAACUCCAAAGACCAAACCAGCGCUCAAACAUGGUUGAGCGCUGCGAUCACCAACCAACAAACAUGCAAGAAUGGUUUCAUUGAUCUCAACCUAUCUUCUCAUUUAGAGUCCUUCCCUGUUAACAUGUUGAGUGACUUGUCAAAGUUGCUUGGCAAUUCACUAGCACUAAACAAGGCAACAUCAUCAAUUUCAUCUAAUUUUGCUAAGAUGACACGAAACAGACGCCUGUUGGCUGACGGAUUCCCAGAAUGGGUAUCAUCAGCUGACAGGAAACUGCUUCAGUCAUCAUCGCCAAGUGCCGACAUUGUGGUGGCUCAAGAUGGUUCUGGCAAUUACAAGACCAUCUCUGAGGCCGUGGCGGCUUCAAACGGUGGGACGAACAGAUUCGUCAUAUACAUAAAAGCCGGUGUUUAUAAUGAGAAUGUUGUGAUUAAGAGAUCCAUGAAGAAUUUGAUGUUUAUUGGAGAUGGAAUUGAUGCCACCAUUGUUACUGGAAAUAAAAAUAAUCAAGCUGGUUCCACAACUUUUCGCUCUGCAACUGUUGGUGUUAGCGGUGAUGGGUUCAUUGCUCGUGACAUGACAUUUGAAAACACAGCCGGACCUCAAAAACACCAAGCAGUCGCACUUCGCUCUAGCUCUGAUCACUCGGUCUUCUAUAGCUGUAGCUUCAAAGGCUACCAAGACACCUUAUACGUCUACGCCCUAAGACAAUUUUUUCGCAACUGCAACGUAUAUGGAACCGUUGACUUCAUAUUCGGUAAUGCGGUUGUUGUUUUUCAGAGCUGCAACAUAUAUGUGAGAAAACCCAUGAGCAAUCAACAAAACACCGUCACCGCUCAGGGGAGAACCGAUCCUAACCAAAACACAGGGAUUGUGAUCCAUAACUCUAUUGUCACCGCAUCCUCAGACAUGAAACCAGUACAGGGCUCAUUUAAGACAUAUCUGGGGCGACCGUGGCAUAAGUACUCGAGGACAGUGUUCAUGAAGUGUACUCUAGACAGUUUGAUUAACCCGGCCGGUUGGGCUCCAUGGAGUGGAAGUUUUUUGAGCACACUGUAUUAUGGCGAGUACAUGAACACGGGUGCGGGUGCAAGUACUGGUGGUAGGGUCAAGUGGCCGGGGUACCACGUUAUAACAAGUCCCACAGAAGCCGGAAAAUUUACAGUUGGAAAUUUCUUGGGCGGAGAUGGUUGGAUUCCGGCCUCCGGAGUACCCUACACUGCUGGCCUGUGACACUAGUUUAAUUAUUAUUAUCCAGGUGGAUGGCCUCAUGGAUGUUGUCAGUUGUACCAAAUAAAAAAAAAGAUGGUGAUUUCCAGUACGUAAUGUAAUUGUCAUAUAGUUUGUGUUGGCUUGUAGAUUUUAUCAUAAACUUGUAUUAAGAUCAAAGGCAAUGAAAUAUUGAUCUUUUAUUGUUUUGUUUUUA